UAUCCCCUCGCCGCUGGUUCUCUUCUCCACUCUUCCCGCCGCCGCCGCCCCCGCCCCGCGUAUCCCCGCCGUCGGAUUUCUCCGGCACCCCGCCGACCUAACCGGCCGCCGCCUUCCCAGUAGAUCUCACACGCCCCCCUCCGCUCCCGGCCUCGCCGUCCCUGUCGAGCAGCCAGGUGCAGACUGAUUUCGUGAUGGCCGGGUCCGAGGACGUGAGGGGUUUGGCAGCAUCCCUGGGAGAGCUACACGUGGAUGCAUCACCGUCGAGGGAGGAAGUAACCAAUGGGCAUGGCAAUGCUGCUGCUGCUGCUGCGGAUGAUGAUGUCUGGGGUGAUGCCUCGGAUUCUCCAGGGCAUGAUUCCAAUUUAAAAAGAGAAUGGGAGCACAGGCAGGAGCAGUUCCAUAAGAUGGGCUAUAGAGAUGGUAUAACCGAAGGGCAGAAGGAUAUUGCUCAAGAAGGGUUCAACCUUGGUCAUAGACAAUCUGUGCAUGCCGGAUACAAGUGGGGUCUUGUUCGGGGAAUUACUAGUGCAUUAGCUAGUCUUCCUGAUACUCAAAAAGAAAAGUUGCUGUUCGAUGCCCAGCGUAGAGGAAAACUAGAAGAUUUGCACAAAUCUGUGAAAGAAAUUUCAGCAGAGGGUGCAUUGCGGCUGUUUCACGAGAGUAUUCUUCAGGAUAAUCAUCAAGCAGAGGAAAGCAAGCUCCAAACUAUUCCAAAGGACCUUCUGCUUUUGUUGCAGGAAUGCCCAGAUGUUCAAGUUAGUGAAGAGUUGAAACGAGUUCCGUAAGCAAGUUAGCAAAUGUAAUUGCAAUCACCCCUGGUUUCUAAGUCUGGCUGAAUAGCUUAGGCUGAGUUCUUCUGAAGGAUGUAACUGUAAAUCCUGUGAUAUUAACUAUUAAGAUUGUCUUUAUGGUGUCACCCUUUCUUUGCUAUGAACACCUGUAAAUUUCACAGUAUGAAUGACAAUAGUAAUAUCUCGUGAGUUUUGCA